CUGCCAACUGCCGUUUAACCUCAUCGAAGAAGAAGAGAGCGCAACGACGGAUAGACGAGAACGUCUUUGGCGCAAGGUUGGUUUCUUCAGAUUUUGACCACGCCCACUGCUGAAUGCGGAAGUCACCAGUUGCUGCUGUUUGUGUGCAUGAAGGGCAUUUUUGCUUGCUAACUGAACAACCAACAGGUGUAGCUGACAUUUGCUAGCUAGUUAGCUACCUGCUGACGUACCUUACUACAGGUUUUAGAGAACUUUCCCUUGAUGUGAACUGAAGAUUGUACUGCUCCCCAACAUGUCACAUACACAAGCACACAGUUACACACUGAUUACAAAGUGUGUGUGCAUGAUCAUCACACAACUCUUUGCCUCUGGACAUGCAGUAGAAAUGACAAAAGAUGGAACACAGAACCGUUCUCUGGUAUCCAUCCACUACCUUGCCAGUUUACCUACUCUCCGGGAUAUUAUAGCGAAAGAGGGAGCCAGCACUCUGAUUGAGUGCAAUGUCACUGGAAAGCCAGAUGACAUUCAGUGGUACAAUUCCAAAGGGCACGUUCUGGAUGCGGAAGAGGGAGGUGGGAAAUGGCUGAUUCAGGACAAGGGCGUUUUAAAUAUCACAACGGUCAGUUUUGAAGACCGAGGCCGAUACACCUGCAUAGCCUCCAGCUCGGCAGGGACCUCCAACUACACCAUCACCUUACGGGUGGCCUACGUCCACAGCGGCCUGGGCCUGUACUACGUCAUUGUGUGUCUCAUCGCCUUCACCAUCACCAUGAUCCUCAAUGUCACGCGCCUCUGCAUGGUCAGCAGUCACCUGAAGAAGACGGAGAAGGCCAUCAACGAGUUCUUCCGCACUGAGGGAGCUGAGAAACUCCAGAAGGCCUACGAGAUAGCCAAGCGCAUCCCCAUCAUUACCUCAGCCAAGACCAUGGAGUGGGCCAAGGUCACCCAGCUCAAGACCAUGGAGUUUGCCCGCCACAUGGAGGAGCUGGCCCGCAGUGUGCCACUUCCCCAGACCAUCCUCAGUUGCAGGGCCUUUGUGGAGGAGGUUAUGGAGACGGUGCACACCUCGGUGGGGGCGACAAGCCUCCAGAAAGCUAUAGAGCCAGCCAACCUAGAGGGGAGAGGUAAAACCUGUGAGGUCCAGAUGUCAGCAGAGCAGCAGGGCCCAGCAGCACAUGGCAGAGAGGAUGUUGAUGGUACCAUUGAAAACAGCCUGGACAUUGAGGUGUCUGUACACCCUAUGUCCAAGUGUGAGGAUGAGAAGUGGGCUGAAGGGGAUGAGGUGUCUGUACCCUUGCUGGGGCCAUGCUCCAGUGGGAGUGUGGCUUAUGAAAGUCGCAUUUAGUCGUGCCAGUCAGGUCUUUACAACUAAUAUUUUCCAGUUAGUUGAGAGGUCAAAAGCAAAGGGCUGCUCAGAUGGCAACCACAGAUGGUGGGAGUUGAGGUAUUUUGUGUUUAGGAUGCUACUGCCUCUAUUUCAUAGAGAAAAUACACUGGAUGAAACCUAAAGAUGUUUCAGAGAUAGGCCUUGUGGUUACUUCCCUACCUGAUAGCAGUGGUAUUUGAUAGCUAUGGUGGGAGGUGAUGAGAGGAUUGUGUUCUGUUUUUACAUCUUUAUUUACUUCACUACUUGCCUCAGUUUAAAGGAAGUAUUGAUUUGGUUGUUUGCUUGUGUGUUUAACUUAACAAAUUAGAAAAAAUAAGAAACCUGCACACUGCUCUUGCUAGUAUCACUGCUCUUUAUUAAGCUUUAUGUAUCAGCCUUCAAAAAGCUCUGACGAAGGCCUUGAGGCCGAUAUGUAAAGCUUAAUAAAGAGCAGUGAUACUAAUGAGUAGUGUGCGGGAUUCUUCUUUUUUCUCAUCUUAUUCAACUAUGCACCUGCAACAGAGAUGGCUCAGAUGUGCGAGUGCCUUUUUGAAUUUUGUAUCUUAACAAAUAACAUGUUAUUUUUAAAAUCACUUGGAAUAUGGGUUGCACAAGGCAAUCUAGCAAAUUAAGUACAAUUUUACUCGGUAAUCAGUGGUAUAAAGUACUUAAGUAAAAAAUACUUAAGUACUACUUAAGUAGUUUUUUGGGGUAUCUGUACUUUACUAUUUAUACUUUUAAAAACUUUUACUUCACUACAUUCCUAAAGAAAAUUAUGUACUUUUUACUCCAUAUGUUUUCCCUGACACCCAAAAGUACUCGUUAUGUUUUGAAUGCUUAGCAGGACAUGAAAAUGGUCUAAUUCACACAUUUAUCAAGAGAGCAUACCCGGUCACCCCUACUGUCUCUGAUCUGGCGGACUCACAAAGCACAUGCUUUGUUUGUAAAUUAUGUCUGAGUGUUGGUGCAUGCUCCUAGCUCUCCGUAAAUUAAAAAAACAAGGAAAUGUU